CUUAAAUUGCUUAGCUAGACUAUUAUUAUAAUUUACAUACCCAACCUAAAAUGUCAAUGUUAGUUUUAAAGCUUUAUUUUAUUUAUUUAUACUUUGUAAGAAUGAUACUUUCUAUGUACAAAUUUUAAUGGAUUGUACAGUACAGUUAUUAGGUGUAUAAUUAGUAUGUACUAUGUUUUUGUUCAUAGAUUUUAAAAUAAUACGAUUACGUUUUUCGUUCUUUCAGGAACCAAUCUAUAUCCCCAUCAACCAGCUUUUGACCACCCUAAGAUUCUAUGCAACCAACAACACACAAUUAGCCACUGGUGAUUUCAGUGGAUUUAGUGUAUCAACAGCACAUAGAAUACACCGAGUUAGUGCAGCUAUAGCAUCGUUACAUCAAGAAUAUGUAAAAUUUCCUACUAAGAGGCAGGAAAUACAGCAAGAACAAAGUAACUUUUAUCAAAUAGCUAAGUUUCCUAGAGCAAUAGGAGCAAUGGAUUGCACCCAUGUUAGGAUAACAUCUCCAGGUGGAGAUCAGGCUGAAAUUUUCAGAAAUAGAAAGGGAUAUUUUUGUAUUAACGUCCAGACUAUUUGCAAUGCAAAUAUGGAGAUUACUGAUAUUGUUGCAAGAUGGCCAAGGUCAUGUCACGACAGCACUAUUUUUAAUAAUUGCUAUCGAAAAGCCAUCUUUUAUGUUAGACAUAAUGGUGAUGCGUUAUUACUUGUUGAUUAUGGAUAUGCUUCCACAUCCUAUACAAUGCCUCCACUAGAAAAUCCAAAGACUCCAUUAGAACAUCUAUACAAUGAGUCACAAAUUAGAUCAAGGAAUCCUAUUGAAAGGUCUUAUGGAAUUUGGAAACGGAGAUACACGUCGGAACUACCUCAAAAUUGUUUGCCUGUCAUUGUGGCCACUGCAGUUUUACACAAUAUAUUAAUAAAGGCAAAUGAAAAUUUACCACAAGAUGAUCCCCAUCUAGAACUUCCUGCACCAUAAAACUGGUAGCACAGGGC